AUGGGACAUCCGCUCAUUUCACCCGAUAUUUUCGUGAACGAGCCCAAGUCAAAGUACGUGUCCAAUGGGAGCAUCCAAAGCAUCGACGAGUCAGAGGUGCUCCCGGACGGACAGGGGUUCGAGAGCACCAUCCAGCUUUUCGGCUACGAGCCGCAGCCAGAAGAGCAGCCAUGGCGACCGCACGUCCGCGACUGGGCGGUUUUCAUCUGUAUCGUCAUUCUAGCGAUGAUGGAUGCCUUCGACUCAACGGUUUUGAUUCCUGUGGUGCCCCACCUAGCGAGCGAAUUCGACAAACCGCUUGUCUCCAUGCUAUGGGUAAAUACGGCAUACCUGCUCUUCAGUACAGCAGGUCAGCUUUUCUUCGCCAUGAUGGCGGAUGUCUUUGCACACGCUCCGCUGUGGAUCUCAGCAGCCGUGUGUACGACCGUCGGGACGGGUAUCUGCAGCGGCUCGAUGGGGGUCACCGAGUUGAUCGUCGGUCGAGUGCUGCAAGGUAUCGGGGGAGGUGGGUGCCUGAGCAUGUGCUUUGUCGUGAUGGCAGAGUCGACGCCCCCGGCGAUUCAUUCGCGGUAUUCAUGCUAUAUCCUCUUGACUAGGUUGAUUGGAUUUGUGCUAGGGCCGAUUGCCGGGGGUCUGUUCGUGGAUAAUGCGAAUUGGACGUGGGGGUUUUAUUUCAAUUUUAUAUUCUGUGCGCUGGGAUUGCUUGCGAUUCCCUUUGCAAGUGAUCUCCGGGUUCCUAAUAAUCUUCCUCUCAGGAAGUUACGUACUCUGGACUGGUCGGGUGCUGUGAUGGCCAUCGUUGCGCCGGGGUGUAUGGUCAUUGGGUUGAGCUGGGGCGGGAUUCUGUUCCAUUGGGCUGAGUGGCAGGUUGUGGUGCCUCUUGCGGUAGGCGCUGGCGUGUUGAUUGCCUUGGUGCUCUAUGAGUCGAUAUGGACGUUGCGUCCUCAGUUCGGGGCACGCGUCUUCCGGAACUGGCCAACCGCCGCGACUUAUAUAGGAUGCUUUUGUCAUGGAUUCGUGCUGUUUGGCCACUUACAGUUCUUUGCGCUCUAUUUCAUGUUUGCAAAAUACUUCUCAGCUACCCUCUCUGGGGUCGCGCUAGUCGCCAUCCUUGGGUUCGCAAUCAUGCCCGCGGCCGUGGUCGGCAUUAUCCUGGCAAGGGAGUCUGAGUGCUCGAAAUUCGUGAUCUCCGGUGGCUGGAUCUUAACGACUGUUACCGCUGGAUGUGCUAUUGUUCUUGACCCCAGCACCCCAACGGUCGGAUGGGUGUUUCUUUUCUUUACUGCGGGUCUGGGACAUGGCCUGCUUCUGUCCAGCUACAAUAUCCGCACCCACAGCCUCCGCAUGGAGGAAAGCGGCACCUUCUCCACGCAGCCAAUUACUAUAUCCAUCUUCACGCGGGCAUACGGGAUGGCAAUUUCCGUACCUGUGGGAGGUGUCAUCUUCUUGAACCUCUUCGGCCAAGCUCUCUUCGACGCAGGCCUAAGUCGGGACCUGAGUCACGGUGCCCGAGGCUAUCUGAUUUCGAUGAAUGAAAUGCAAAUGCCAGCAGCGACAAGAGAUGCGGUCAAGUAUGCUGCAACAGGAGGAUUGCAGGCUGUCUGGGAGCUAAUUGCAGUGGUAUCUGCUCUAGGUGGGGUUUCAUCUGUCGCGCUCUGGAGAAAAUAG